AGACUACGUUGUACCCGAGAGACUAGCAAUUUCCCCUCUGUGUCCACUUUGGCAGAAUAGGGAGUGGUGGGUGCAGAUAGUGCAGUGGAGACUUAAUGCGUUCUCAGACAGUCGUGCCUCGAAGAUAUUUCAUCCAUAGUAAUAGUUAUCACUGACAAUGGGCGGGGACACGCACUAGCGGGCCUAACGGCCCUAACCGCCCGAAUAGCCCCCGGCAGCCUCCCCCUACCCGAAACUGAACCAUGGUUCUGGGUUGCCGCCAACUACUCGCGCUUGUGCCCAUGCCUUUCCUUGUCAGACCCGACGGCUUGGAUGCUUUAAUCUCAGGCCCCUCGGACACCCUUGACGUGCAUGACCUCCCUGUCUACAUGCAUGGGUGGUGUCGGAGAAUAUCAGUGCCAGCGCAAGGCGCGCGCUUGGCACCAACCGAAUGGAGCCCACGGGUCGGCCAUUUGUCCCCAUCACAGCCACCAGUCCGCGUUUCAUGUGUCACCUCUGCGGAGCCGACAGUUCAUCAUCCCAGCGCCUCUGCGCAACCUCGAGGCCUCGAUCGAGACCGGGCACCGCAUAAGCGACAACCUUGCUCCUUGUCGGGUCGGAGAUGGUGACGCGAGUGGCCGGUCUUUUACUCGAACCGGUAU